AUGACUCUUACGGAUACAGCGGUGGUUUGCAAGAAUGUGUACAGAAGUACGGAGCACCAGGAGACGGAAAAGAUAACGGACUGUGAUUUGAAUGUGGACGAGGAGCUGUACAAUAGUAUUGAUGACGAUCAUGACGGAGUGGUGGACGAGGACCUGGCAGGGUUUUCUAGCUGCGCUCUGACUGGUGGCUCCAACUUUAAAACCUUCUCCCAAGUAACGUAUGAACUGGAGGACCUUUGUGAGCACGUGUUAGCUCAGAGCUGCAACAAGGAGGAUCCUGACUUCUUCAUGAUUCGCGUUGCCCAGCACACAGUGUAUAGUGUGUCGAGCAGGAGUUUCGUCCUGAAGUACAGAGAUCUGACUAUUAGCGGGUACCCCGGUCUAAUGAUAGAGGUUAACAAACAGAGAGUACAACAGUUCCCUGUUGUCUUCGUGGACGGCAGCUUCAUCACUAAAGUGGGGUUCAAAGUGUUUAUCCAGUUGCACGGUCUGUCUGUAACAAUGACUUAUGAUAGUUCCGGUAAUGUGGACCUUCACAUUCCCCACACUCUGGUACAUGCCAUCUGCGGAAUGUGCACCACUCCUCCGCAGGGAAGCGGAGGCACGCUUGAGAUGUGGCAUGUUCCUGCCAACGAACGACUACUCUUAUCUGAAACUGACGAGUGCACCACAGCAGAUAGACCAAUGUGUAGGGUAGUGGAUAUAGAGCGGGCCCAGCACGCCUGUAUAGUCCUCUCUGAACACCAGGGCCCCUUCGUGGACGCUUACCCCUUCGUAGACAGGGUACCCUACUACAACUCCUGUAUAACAGAAGUGUGUUCGGACCCGGACACUGAAGGAGUAGAGUGCUCUGCAAUACACGGUUACGUAGCUGCUGCUUUCCUACAUGGUAUUAGGUUUGAGAGUGAGCUGCUCCCCAGGAUCUGCAGGGGACCCAUGAUGAACGUGUGUGAUAUGUACGGGACACUCCAUCUGAAGACGUUUUACCAGCGAGUACUGCACAUAGAAGCAGAGUGUGAAUACCAACUCCUGGAACCAUGCCAAGAUUCUGAGUUCGGAGUGGGAGUUAGUGUUCUGGUCCUGAAACGCGGGGUUGAUGAGUACAAUCUACAGGCUGUAGCUGUUACUAUCGGAGAUCAGGUACUGAGAAUAACCCAAGAAGCUGCAAGUGUGGAUGGUAAAUGGAUACAGUCCCUCCCCCACUACCUUGUAGACGGAGAUGUCAAGAUAUUCCAACUGGACAGUAAAGUGAUAGUGGAGUGGAAGAAAGCAGGUAUAGAGAUUAAGUGGAACCUGGGUCAGCAACUCCAGAUAGCUACCAGGAUAGGAUUCAAAACUUGUGGUACUUGCGCUGAAUUCGGCUACACACCAAAGAUCUCGACAGAAAACCUGCUGGCCUCAACAGAUCUAUCAUGUGAUAUCUACGAACACGAAGAGACAUACCAAUGCACUGAUGAGAGACACCAGCAAGCACACGAGAUGUGUGAGACACUAACUAACAUCGACGGAAAGUUCGGACGGUGUCUGGCCUACUUUGACGGACAAGCCCUACACGAUGCUUGUAUCAAAUCAGUGUGCCAGUGCCAGGAUGCAAACGGUUUCACGUUGCCUGAGAGAGCCUCAUAUAAACAUCUUCACUCGGUGGCGUGUCAUUGUCCAGCCUACCACGCUAUGAUAUUAGCUUGCAGAGAUACUGGCAUAGAAAUACCAAUCACUGACGAAUGCCAGCCGCAGCACGGAGGAUUUACAGCCUGGUCAGAUUGGGGACCGUGUCACUGUGACAGUGCAGUGUCUUAUCGUUACAGGUCCUGUACUAACCCCUACUCCUAAGUUCGGGGGCAGAUCCUGCAGUGGAGACUCAAGUGAGAACAAACCGUGCAUCUGCGAAGAUUCUGAAGAAAACCAGAAAGG